CAACUUGACAGACAGACCUACAGACCAGCCACAUUGUGAGUUUGGAUUUCUUGCACGAGAGUUAAACCCGGAGAACUGUCUUGACUCCCAAAGCAGCCCACAGACGCACCGGAGCGUUUUGAGCAGGCUACAGUCUGAACUCUCGUUCUGAGGAACGUAUUCCAUAUUACCUUGACAAGACUAUUUUCCCUAUAAACAAGACGUUGAAUAGACAGAACAUAGUGCAUCUUUUACGUUGCAGCCGGCUACUACUACUACUACUACUGUAUGUGAUUUUACUGAGGAUAAGACAAUGAGACUUUCUAGGAAGGAGUUGGUAUGGAUAAUUAAACUACUACUGCUGUGUCUGAGCUGCUCAGGAGGAGAGAUAGCUGAUUAUACAUUUGACAACAGGUGGGCGGGCCAGGAGCUGUUGUCCAAUGGGUUGUGUCAGUACGGAACCAGGCUGGAGUGCUGCUGGGGCUGGAGAAGGGCUUCCUGGGGGCACUGCCAACCUCUGUGCCAACAGGAGUGUAAGCAUGGAGAGUGUGUCGGUCCGGAUAAAUGCACAUGCCAUCCAGGAUACACUGGCAAAACCUGCAAUCAAGAUCUGAAUGAAUGUGGGCUAAAGCCCAGACCAUGUAAACAUCGCUGUAUGAACACCCAGGGCAGCUACAAGUGUUACUGUCUGAAUGGAUACAUGCUGCAACCUGAUGGAACCUGCAGGAAUGCCCGUACCUGUGUCAGGGCCAACUGUCAGUACGGCUGUGAGGUUACCAAAGGGGUGGUGAGGUGCCAGUGUCCGUCUCCAGGGUUACGGCUGGGGCCAGACAGACGCACCUGUGUGGAUGUUGACGAGUGUGUGGCGGGUCGAGGGGUGUGUCCUCGGAACAGGAAGUGUCAGAACACCUUCGGCAGCUAUGUGUGUAAAUGUUACCAUGGUUACAAACUCACCUACAUCAAUGGCAGAUACCACUGUAUAGAUAAGGAUUCUCGUUCCUUCUGCUCCCUCAAUCCUGACUCUCCCAAGUGCCUCUGUAGAGAUGGGAAGGGAAUGGACUGCUAUCCUGUUACCAAGGUCACCAUUGUUCCUCCUCAACCUAAAACUACACCCAGAUCUACAACGAGACCUACACCUAAACAAGCAACCAGACAUACAACCAGACAGACAGCCAGACAGACAACUACAGUCAGACCUACUACUUCUGCUACGAUAGUGACUACAAACGCAGCAACCACUGCCAUGGCAAUAACUACCAGGGGACCUACCACCACGACAACCAUCGUUACGACAACCACCGUCCCAACAUCCGUUCCCACGACAACAACCUCUACUCAGCCAUUGACAACCACUACAACCCCUACUCCAACUACCCUCUCCCCUACCACCCCCAGCCCUCCUCCCUCUACCCCCUCCCCUCCUACCACUCCCAGCCCUCCUCCCUCGGCCCCCUCCCCUACCACCCCCAGCCCUCCUCCCACCACCCCCCUGGACAACCACAUUCAGAAAGUUGUUACCCAGAGACAAAGAGGAGAUGUUCACAUCCCCCGUCUUCCAGGAAGUGGAAACAGAGGGUUUGACUACGACAUUGAGCUGGGAAACACUACAGAGGACAACAGAGAUGAUCCAGGGGCCGGUGCUCUGAGCUGUUCAUUUGACCACGGUCUGUGUGGCUGGAUCAGAAACCGAGAUGGAGACCUGCACUGGGAGACAGCCAGCAGCCCUGCCGGUGGGCGGUACAUGUCUGUUCCAGAGGUAGGGGUGGGGAAAAGGAGCAAUCAAGGCGCACGAUUGGUCCUCCCCUUAGCCCCGCCCUGGAGCGAGGGUCACUUGUGCUUCUCCUUCCGUCAUUGGCUAUCAGGUCACCAUGUGGGUGUGCUUCAGCUGUUCGUCAGAAGGAAGGGUUUGAGAUAUAGCCCCGCCCUCUGGAGCCGGACGGGGGGAGAAGGGUGGAGACAUACACAGAUCACACUGUGGAGAGCAGGCCUGGAGAGUGUCCUUCUGAAAGGAGAGAGGAGGCAUGGCCACAAAGGACAGAUGGGAUUGGACGACGUUAGCCUGAGGAGAGGGGCCUGCGGAGAAGAGAGAUUCUAACACACACACAGACGCUGGCACUGUGUUGUGAUAGGUCCUUCUGAAAGGAGAGAGGAGGCGUGGCCACAAAGGAGAGAUGCGAUUGGAUGACGUUAGCCUGAGGAGAGGAGAGACAUUUUGUAACGUCAAGACUCUGGCACUAUAGUCGACUUUACGUAAUACAGUACAACAUUUUGUAACGUCAAGGCCAGAGGAACUCUUAGAUCAAAUAUAUUGAUAACUGAUCAAAUAUAUUGAUUUUGUCCACUAGGUAAUUAUUGAUAAUGCAUGAUCAUGAUUUGGCUGUAUCAGCUGACUUUAUUAGUAAAGACAAAGAGGUUGGUCAAAACGCAUUUUGGAUAUCUUUGAUGUAUUAUUCUCUUAACAAAUACAGUCUGGCUCUGAGGUACAGUACGUUACUACCACAGAGCCCAUUCUGAGGUACGUUACUACCACAGAGCCCAUUCUGAGGUACGUUAGUACCACAGAGCCCAUUCUGAGGUACGUUACUACCACAGAGCCCAUUCUGAGGUACGUUACUACCACAGAGCCCAUUCUGAGGUACGUUACUACCACAGAGCCCAUUCUGAGGUACGUUACUACCACAGAGCCCAUUCUGAGGUACGUUAGUACCACAGAGCCCAUUCUGAGGUACGUUACUACCACAGAGCCCAUUCUGAGGUACGUUACUACCACAGAGCCCAUUCUGAGGUACGUUACUACCACAGAGCCCAUUCUGAGGUACGUUAGUACCACAGAGCCCAUUCUGAGGUACGUUAGUACCACAGAGCCCAUUCUGAG